AUGGAAGCCCGUGAGCCAUCAAGUCUUGCCGAGGAGCUGGAGCUGGUGCCACCCGAGCUUCGAUCGAACUUCGAGAACAAAUCAAGCUCCAUCAUACCACUUUAUCUUUCUUCUAAUACAUCUCACUCUGCGUCGAGCUACACCCGUACGGUCUAUGUCACUUUCCACAAGACUUUUGAGAAGAAAGUUGUGUCAAUGGAUUUUAGUGAGUCUACUGCUUUCGAGGAUAUCUCUAGACGUGCCAGAAGCUUGUUUCCCGGAUCUGAUUGGAGAAUUUUUUCAGGCAACCCCUACCACUCGAACGUUGAAAUUCAUAGCUCCAGUGAAAUCUACUCGUACAUCAAGCGGACCACCAUCUGCGGCUUCGAGUACCUUGUCAUUAACCUCGAACCGAUCGUUGAGCCCCAUCACACGAACUCCGAGUUUUACGCGAAAUGCGACUCAUGUGGAACUCAAAUCGCAGGACGCCGCUACAAAUGCACAAUGUGCGCGGACUUUGACAUUUGUGAACGUUGUGAGGCAAAAUCGGUUCAUCUCCAGCAUGCGAUGCUUCGUAUCAGCACCGGCUUGAGAACCGAGAUCCCCGGCUACAUUACGAUGAAUGCGCCGAGCUAUGUGUUUGGCGAGACGAGACCACAUCUGCGUGAAGAAGUAACUAUUCGUCACUUGGAGGGAGAGACCUUACAAUAA